AUGGUUCCCAUCCUGAACUCUUGGUUCCUGAGGCCUCAGUGUGGCCAGAAUGUGUACAUUUGGCAGGGUAAGCGCAACGAGCUGGGCCAAAGCUUUACAAUCCUGUCUGCACUGGACAAACUCCUGUGCCAGUUCUUGAAGCCCUUCAAGAGCUCCAACUGCGCUCAGUGCUGGUACCACAGCUGCAGAGGGAUAAAGAGGAGCCUGCCCACAAGCCAUGCUUUAUGCAGGAGCAGCGAUGCCGUGAAACCCCACCCCAUCCUGCGAGCGUUCCAACAAGAUGCUCAGAAAAAACAGCUCUUCCCUUUCCAGCAAACCCCUCACUGGUUUUAUGGAGUGGCCUCCGGAUUGGCAGCAGCUCCAGGGUUCCGGGUAGCACAUGUGGAUCCAGCUCUCUCUCCCCUCGGAUGCUCCAGCACAGCCAGAUCCAGAGCAGAAGAUGUUUCUGGAGGAUGCUUUGCCCCCCUGAGCCACGGCUGCCCCGUUCAUCCACAGGACAGUGCUUCUGGCAGGACUGACGCAGAAGUGCCUGGCCCGUCUCCAUCCCCUCUGCAGCCCGGGCGGUGGCACUUGGCUGCAGCCCUGCCCUGCCUCUCCGCUGCCCCGCGCUCCUCUGCUGGGCCUGACAGCUCUGAUUUCUUUCUCCAGUUCUUCCCAUCCUGUCGGUGGCAGACGAGGAGCGUGAGGGGCUGCAUAAUCUCCCGGUCCUGGCUGGGGAAAUUGCCUUUUAUUAUUGAUAAGGCAGCACUGCCUUUGGAGGACGCGACUUUGCUGUGUGAUGGAGCGGGAGAGCAGCGUCCUUGGCUCUGCCGGUGCUGCGGUGCCGGUGGGUGCUCGCGGGGAGGGAGCCUACGUCAACGGAGCAGAGCCAGGAGCUGCCAGGGCGAGGCUGUUCCAGCUCCCGGCUGCAGAGGAGCAGCAGCGAUGCCGGAGCGACACGCGGGCAGGCGCACGUGUCCACGAGCGAAGGCGCAGGUGGGACGGAGGCGGCAGACGGCCCCUCGGUGGUGUCUGAACUGGGCGUGGGGAUCCCCGACCCACGUGCCAUGGCUCUGCCGCUGCGUUCUCAGGGUCCCGGCAACGCUGAGGUUUGCUCCUGCCCCAAAGCAACACUGA